GAGGCCGAAGACCCAGCUCCAGGCUAGCCUUGUUCCCCGCGCGUCACUUUCACUUUCUGCCCCGGGGCCCGGGACCACCAGCAGCCGAGGAGCGCCACGCGGGGAAGAUGAGCCUCACGCUGGGCUACUGGGACAUCCGUGGGCUUGCCUAUGCAAUCAGGUUACUUUUAGAAUACACAGAAACACCAUAUGAAGACAAACAAUAUCAUUUUGGAGAAGCUCCUGAUUUUGACACUAGUCAGUGGACUAGUGUGAAGGAGAAACUGAGCUUGGACUUCCCAAAUCUUCCAUAUUUGUUUGAUGGUGAGAAAAAACUUACACAGAGCAAUGCCAUUCUGCGAUACAUUGCACGCAAGCACAAAAUGUGUGGUGAGACUGAAGAAGAAAAAAUCCGAAUUGACAUACUUGAGAAUCAGUUUAUGGAUUUCCGAAUGCACUUUGCAAGAAUGUGCUACAGCCCAGAUUUUGAAAAAUUGAAGCCUGAGUUUAUUGAGCAGCUACCAGAGAAGCUGAAACUGUUCUCCCAGUUUCUGGGAGACAGAAAAUGGUUUACAGGAAAUAAGAUCACCUAUAUAGAUUUCAUUGCAUAUGAUGUUCUGGAUAGGCACCUGAUGUUUCAACCAAAAUGCUUGGAUCAGUUCAGAAAUUUAAAGGAUUUCCUGGACCGCUUUGAGGCACUGGAGAAGAUUUCUGCCUAUAUGAAAUCGGGCCGUUUCCUGAAAACUCCUGUCUUCUUGAGAAAUGCCACGUGGGGCAGCAAGAAAGAAUAGAAGGGAACAGGGAUUUUGCUGUUGAAUCAGCAAGGAGCCUUGAAUCCCCCACUCUCCUUUCAUGCUUUAGAACACUGCUUUUUUAAUGUGGGCCCUGGGCCCAAAUGGGUUGCUUUUGCUUCAUGUUGGGGUGACAAAAUCAUCGGCAAUAGUAAAAUGUUUUGGAACUCACCCAUUAACUGUUUUAGACAUUUGCAUUAAUCUGUUCGUGCAAUGUUUACAGUGGAGUUUGCAGACAAUGCUUCAGUUGUACUUCAUUAAAGAAAAACCAACCCAUUUUGCAGGCCAUGCAAAUACCGAUUUAUUCACAGCACAUGUUUAAUUUUUGUACUGCUUUAUGUACCUGUAUACCAGGGUCACUUAAAAAAUUCUUGAGCCAAAAAGGAUCAUAAGUAGAAAAGUUUAAGAAGCCCUGCUUUUUAAUACUGUUGCCCAUUAGCUGUGAUACCCAAGAUAUGUUCCAAGAACAAUGUAAUAAAAACUGUUGGCUACUGAGGAGUCAA